AUGCUUUCUCAAUAUGUUGUUGUUGCGCUUGUCGCUGGGUUGGCUGUGGCCGGUCCCAUCUCCUUGGUCGACCGUCAAGCCAAAGCCUGCUUCAUUGUCGGCAACACCGCUCUCCCAGCCGAAGUCCAAGACACCGUAACGUCCAUCCAAGGCUCUGUCACCUGUAACCCAGGAAUCAAAACCCUCUCCGGCGUCCCAGACGUCUCCUCAGGCGGUGUAUCCUACUCUUCAAUCGACUUCUCCGCCUCCUCCAAAACUCCCCUCGAGUUCGCACUCGAUGAAUUCGCCACAGCAUCACCACUCGCCGCAUCCGAUCUCGCGCUCUUCGAAGACCGUCUCGCCACGUACCUGGCUACCGAAGCGGGAAUCAGAAGUGUAGGAGGCAAUUUGGCGAUCAAAGCCCCGAAGUUCUUUCAGAGCUUUCAGAUUGCGAGAAUUAAGGCUGCGCAGGGGGUUGUGGAGACGGAUCCGGGACAAACUGUUGAUCACCUUUUGGGUAAGGUGACGAAGAAUGCGGGGAGUGCAGAGAGUAAGGCUACUCUUGAUGCUAUUACUGCUUUGGCUACGCAGUUGAAGUAG